CAUUUAUUGAACUACAUGAUAUGAUGUUACUACCAAUUUUGGCUGCAUAUUGCUGUCAAUCCUUGGUAGAUGGCACUACUAUUUCUGCUCUUAAGGAUAUGAACUCAGAGUGGACAACUGUGGUUUCAGCUGGUCAUCUUGUUGAAGCAUUCAGCACAAUGGGACAACUACAUAUUCUAGACCCAGCUGCAGCAGGUGCUGAAAAGUACUACCACAUCAACUUACACUUGUACAGUGCUGUAAGAGGAGUGGAUCUGGAAGAGUUGAACAUACAGAUGGACUAUUUGGAAAAGGAUGGAUAUGUCAGGUGGACAUUGGAUGCAGGUAAUUGGAAGCUCACGAUCAACUCUUGUGAAAAAGACUUUGACGUUGAUCCUACUGCUUCAGAUGAUGAUGAAUAUCACUGGAGUAUAUUAAUGACAGACCAGAGGUUCUACUUGAAGUGCAACGGUGUUGUCGUCGCAACUGUUGUCAACAGUGAGAGCUGUUAUCAUAAGACUGGGAAAGGAAAACUCGGUAUUGGAGGAUGGGAGCUCACCAACAUGGUCAAUCUUAAAACUCGCUUUGAGAAUAUUAAGAACAUAGGUUCGUGCUCAAUGCCGAGUUACCGUUACAACAAAAGAGGUUUGAUAGGGGUAAAGAAGUUGACCACUGGUGAGGAUUGUCGAUACGAUUGUCAACACACAUCGGACUGCAAAAAGGCUACAGUUGACAUAGCGGAGAAUGCUUGCAAACUUUACUCUAGUUUUGGAGGACAAGCAAGGUAUGUCAAUCAACAAGAGACUGACAGUCAAUCUCGAUACCUCAACUAUCUUUUCGGCACAUCCAUCUCAUUUGAACUGGACUGCUUCGAAUAUAAGGACGACCCAUGUUGGAGAAACGAUGUGCGAUUCGAAUUGGGAUCCGAAGAAACAACUAUAAAAUCAAUAAAGAGUUGUCUGGAUGAUGAGUACGAGAACGAGGAAACUGCUAUGUGGAAUCCAGUGACAGGAAUGUGUUCAGCUGUUCAUGACAAAUAUGUCAAGAUCGCCGAAAUUCCAUCACCUGGCUUCAGUGUGGUGUACAGCCAGUGCAAAGAAUUGAAAGAAGCAACUGAUUACGAAAGCUGCUUUGAAUAUGGAGUAAUCUUGGAGGGAAAUGUUUUGCUCGAAACGACAUACAAGUUCCCUUACGAUUGCAAAGAGGAGUGUGAGGCUAAUGAGGCAUGUAGUGGUUGGAGCUCCAUAACAGAGAUAAGAAGGUGUUAUCUGUACACAGGAGCAGUUUAUCGGGCUAGCUACCCAAGAGCUGUGUCAGGAACUUACAAUUGUGGCACUGAUCUAGCCCCAGUACCUGCACCACCUGGUCGGAUAGUGUACCCGGUCAGUACCAACUUCGACCUCCUCUCAAUCACUUCCCCCGGUCCCCUCAAUCUACUUAUCAACAAUGAUGAUCUUCAGAGAACUGUACAUGUUUACCAGGAUGGUGUUCAUAAGUUCAAGUUUGAUAUGUUUUCGAGGAAACAGAGCAGUGGAUUUGAUUUCAGGAUAGAGGGGUGUCCUGAAGCGUUCAACUACACAAAUCAGCCAUGUGCGUACAGGCGCAGAGCUCAGAACUUCUUUCAGAUAGACUAUCGUCUCUUGGAAAGUGAAAUAAGUGUUUCUCUUUCUUGUGACAACGGACCGGAAAUAACAGAUUGGCAAGACUUCUCAAAAAGUGACAGUAUAAAUCUAACAGUCAACAUGGAAGAAGUAGAAUCAUACUACGUCAGAUUACCUUGCUACGACUUCAUCUCCUUCACACUCUUCCUGUACGCUGGAGAUGAACAGAACUCCCAAAUUACGCUCUUCAAUUAUAAAGAUAACAGUAUUGGUAACAUUUACUGUAAUGGCGGAGAAAGAACAUAUUUCACCAUUUCUGAGGAGUGGGAGUGCGUGGAUGAUAAACAGUACAUGGUUGUGGAGGUGGAAAAAACAAACGAUCACGUUGCAAUAAAGAACAAAGGAAACACCUUGUACAACAAAAUAUUCGGCUCUGGAGACGAAAACUGUAUCAAGACAACUGAAAAAGUUGGCACCCAAGUUUGGGACUACGAAGGUUCCCUCUCCCUUGCCUUUAAUUCCACGGAAGAAGCGACUGUCGAAGAGAUGCCGAAUUAUGUUUUCUUUACUUCUGAUAACUUGGUAGAAACUUGCGGUCUUAGUUUAGAUAAAUGGAACGGAAUCGUAUUCGAAAACUUCGAUCCCAGUGAUAAAUACGGUGCUGGAUUAACAGGUGAUGAUGUAUGUCUUAAUCAUAAUAUUCAUGAUAUCGAUGUUGGUUGGAUGUUCUGAACAGUCGUUUCCAGAAUCAGUGCAAGAUAAAGUUAAUCCCAUACCGAAUAGGAGACAGCGCAGAUAUGUAAAUGCACAGGAGUACAUGAGCGCUGAUGAUGUACCAAAAUACUUGGUUAGAAUUAACCGUGUAGUAGGCUCGAACACAAUUACAAUGUGUACGGGUAGUAUCAUAGCGGCUAACUUGGUACUCACUAGCGGUGGUUGUCUUCAUGAAGAUUGGGCUACCUUUGAUAAGGAGAAACGACUUGUUCCAAUCUCGCAAAUAGAGGUGGUUGCCGGACGCUACAAGUCGUCAGUGACGAAUUCGACAAAGGAGCAGAUCCGGUCCCCUUUACAGAUGUACAUACAUCCUGAGCUAAAGAUGGUCGAUCAUAGGAAGAUGUGGCAGAACGAUAUUGCCAUAAUUCAAGUUGAUGACUUCAAAUUUGGCAUGGAAACAGAUGUCGAUAAAAUAGAACUGUGGCUGUCACACUUUGCUGUCAAUGAGUCGGACUAUUACACAACGCUCUGUGCAUCAGGAUACGGCGACUGGGGCUCCCACAAUUCCAAACAAUAUGACAACCUGUUUGACUCAUGGUACCCCAUCCAACGUGACUUACCCCAGUAUCAGUACCUGGCUUACAUUGACGGUGGUAAAUGUGACACUAAGAACUCCCAUGUUAACGAUGUGGAGGAUAAAAUGGUGACUCAUAGACCCAACGCUGUCAACCAGUAUUCUGCUAAGCCAUUGAUGACAGCUAAAAGGUGUUUUUACAAAUCAUCAGAACUUGGUUUAGUCGGAUACAUCCCCACUAAAGGUGACCACGGAGGUCCUAUAACCUGGACCAGUAAAGACAACAACAUUACUUAUCAGGUAAUGCUUGUACCGUGGGAACCAGAAUCUAAAGCCUCGUUCGAGACGGAUAUGAACUAUGUUCACUGGGGUGAACUGCUUUCCUAUUACACAGAUUUUAUCGGAAAGGUAUUUGACGCAGCGGCAGCUACAAGCAACGCUGCUCACAAGCCCGAGGCCGAGUUCACAGAUUGGACUUCUUUCACUCAGACGGUGUCCCUUAAGUAUUUCGGCCACUUUCAGUAUUACGCCAACUUCGCAGUGAAACCUAUGAAACAUGUUCAGGUAAAUAUAACAUUGAGUGGAGAGAACGCAGCCUACACCAUGCGAAACAGUGUGAUAAACGUGAGGGACAUAGACACUAAGAAAGUUCUCCGACAAUUUGUAGGGCUUAACAGGACUGUUACUGAGUCCGUGGUAGUGACAGCAGGAAGUGAUGGAACUAUCGGUGGUAAAUGGGGAUGUACUCUGAAGGACGGUGAGGGGUACACGGACCCCCCAACUGCUGAUCCUGGCGCAACUCCUACUGUAUUGGGUGAUUACACAACCGAUGGGACUGAAAGUGAACCAGAGGAAGUGAGUGAGGACACUUACACCUGUAUAGAUGCUCCAGUGAACUCAGAGGGUGGCGAACUCAAUACACCAUCUAGUUUUGUUCUAAACAGUAACUGGGAAACUGUUUUCUUUAACUCGACUGCUGGGAAAUCGUUUGAAAUUGAGUUCUGGAUAAACAGACCUUCACACUCAGCUGAUAAGGGUACGGUGACACUGAAGGUUGACUAUAUUUACCUCGACAAAAAUAAAUACGUGGAAGAAGUUGAAGAUCUUUGCGAUUCAGGGCAUAUUAUGUGCGUUGACGAACUCAGCUGUAUCAAUCCGGAACAUGUUUGUGAUAAUGAUCCCGACUGUUAUGAUAAAAACGACGAGACUUCCUGGUGUCUAGACAGACCUUGUCUUUACUCACAAUACCAGUGCACAACAGGAGAGUGUAUAGACCUGCGUAAGUUAUGUGAUGGUAAAUGUGACUGUUUGGACGAGAAUGUCUGUGAGGAUGAAACUCUCCUCUGUUCUGAUUCUCCUUUCCAACAACAGUUCCUAUUGGUGUCAGAGCAAGCUGAAGCAGCGUUAGAGAAAGCAGUUGAAAAACUAAAAAAAGCUCUUCAAUCAGAGAUUUUAGAGGAAGCUGAAGCAGCGUCAGAAAAGAAAAGAGAAUCUCAAGUAUCCUCCUCAGCAGACAAUUUUGAAAUUGCCCUUAGCUUCGUGUUGUUCAUUACAUAUGGAUUAUGCUACAUUUUGGACUAGACUUCUCCCUUACAAAUAUUUUUUGCCCAAAUGAACUCAUCAGUACAUUUUGCAAGGAGAAAAUGUUUUCAUCACAAUAUUACUGUUUGUCGGCCAGGCUCCUUGCCAUGUCGGACGAAUCCAUUUUUCGGUACAAUUUGGAAAACCUGCACUCUUAAAGUAUCUGUUCAUUCAAGAAUGAGUCGUAUAUUUUGAUGAAUUUUGUGAGUGUUCAUAUUUAGUCUUACAUCUUGACAGUUGAAAAUGUGA